AUGAUGACCUGGGACGAGGAGCAAAAAAAAGAUUUAAGGCAAGAAUUAGCAGUGCAGGAAAAACAGCAAAUGACCCGAAAGUCGGCUCCCAGUGCUCCAACUGUGGACUUUGAGAAGAGGGAUUCUGCUGUGCAGGCUUUGCUCUCCUUGCUGGCUAUCCCUGUUGCCAAAGCAACAGAAAACAGCUUUUCCCUAAAAGCUGUACCAAAUAAUUUUGGAACCAGUCCCUUAACUCCUUCAGGUAGGAUAUCAGCACUAAACAUUGUGGGGGAUCCCUUACGGAAAGUAGGGGCUUCAGAAUCCAAGUUAGCAGCUUGUAGGAACUUUGCAAAGGACCAGGCAGCAGGAAAAUUUUAUAUUUCAGAGAAUAUUAACCAUGGAGUCAUGACCAGCAAUGGCAAAAGUUCUCUCAAUCAAGGCACAGUAAACUGCUUCGACCCUGCCCUUCCUCCUCCUGGUUUGGGCUCCUAG